CGGCACUAAGUGCCCGAGCGACCUAAUCCAAGAGUGUCAAAGGGCGCAGCUGGGGAAGCUCUAGCACGAACUUUGAAGAUACAUGUGUUCUGUCAAAUCUGAACAGCAUGUUUGCAGCAUUCAUAGAGUUGACCAUCUGAAGAGGCAGCUGCUAGUAGUAGUGCUGGCGCAUCCGUUAUAAGACUGCUCACGCUGCUGGAUUGCCUACAGGUGGUUGUCGCCUGCGAAAGCAAGGUGUUUUAACAAUCUGCAUCUUGCUUGCAAUCACAUUGGGCGCAAAUUCAAGCAGAGGGCGGGGACAGCAAAGAUGCAGAGGGCAGCGGUGCAGAGGUGCCCGAAGGGCAAUAGCUUGGGAGCAUCGCUUGACACAGGGCUGCAACCAGUGCCUCGAAGCCAUUGUGGCGCCACCUUGAGCGGAUGCAAAGUCUGGUCGUCACAUCCUCGGUGCUUGAGACAGAAGAAGCGUUUGAGCCUUGUCUCUCAUGGAGUCAGGGAGGACAACACCACAUUUUCUUUCACAGGUCAAGCUAAGCACCCGUCGCGCAAAGCACAGGUCACAGCAACAGGGGAAGAGACGAGCAACGGUUAUGUGUCUUCGGAAGUUCGUCACAACGUGUUGAACCAGUCAAAUGGAGGCAAUCGGCCGGGCGGCCCCGGCUCGUCUAGUGGAGAAGUAGAGGUAGAGGGGGCGCAAAAAGCAGCCUCUAGGGGGACAGCAGGAGACUUGACAGCAGAGCAAAAGGCUGCUCUUCAAGCGCUGGAUGCGCAGCUGAAUACGCUAUCGGAUAGCGACCCAAAGGCUGGGCAACUGAGUGCCCGGAGGAAGUUCGCAGAGGAUUUGGCUAGGAAAAGUGGUAGAGCAGUCCCUUCGGAGUCCCCCCCAUCCAAACGAACGCUAGCUGGGGACUACCUUGAUAGCGCUGCCUGGGAUCAGAAAGUGGCGGCUGACAAAGGUUUCGAAUUAGACGACAGUUUCUUGGCCUACACGGGAGCUGCCCUGCUGGUCCUCACCGUCGUGACGAAUCUUUUCUUGAAUAAGUUCUUCCCUCUUCCGACCAAGGCACAGGUUAAGGAGAUGCGAAGAAAAGAUGAGGCCAUGAUGUCUCGUGGAAGGUUUGACACCCAAGACACAGACCUGAGUUCAGCACCUCCUUUACGAGACUCAUAGAGUUCCAAUCUCUGACAAGUUUGUCGAGCGGGGCAGCGUUGAUUUGUAGACUAGAGUGAAUCUGAAGAGUACAACCAAUCCUUUGCACAAACGACAGUCUUCUUUGGAUUGCGUUAUGAUCGCAGAUGAGGAGCUGAGCGCUUGCUUUGAAUCGUCAUGGGGUGCGCACCAUUGCAGGCUGGACUUCAAGUUGUCGUAAUGGAAUGAUGGCGGUAGUGCAUAAAUACU